UUCUAUCUGCAUAUACAAAUGAUACUCUCUUUACACAUGGUUGCUUUUCCAUUCCUUUUUUCUGCUUACUUUACGAGAGAAAGGAAAGGCAAUAGUGUAUGUGUAUAUAAACAAAAGUUUAUAGCAAAAAUAAUUGAGCUUGGUUAAAAGCAAAAUAUAUUAUAAACAAUAAAGAAGGAAAAUUUUUCUGGUGUUGAAAAAGAGAACAGAGGAAAAGAGAGAAAGAGCAACGUCAGAGUUUGCCGUAGGGUUCUCCUUGGUUCGUGGUUUCUGGUACAGAUAGAAGGGAAUCCUUCUUCUCUCUCUCUCUCUCUCUUUCUCUCUCUUUUUCUGAGUUUGAACUUGGAGUAACUGGGUCUAUAUUUUUGUUCAUAUUAGAGUGGCCAUCACGGGAUUUUCUUGGUAUAUAUAAAAGAAACAAAAAUUGUCUCUUGGGUUGGUUCCAAGCAAGUAGAGGAAACUAUCCAUUAAGUUUAUAGUAUUUUUGUUUGACAGAUGUAGAGAACUCUCCAGUUUUCUGUUUUUUUUUUUUUAACACAUACAUUAUUUUUUCUUUGUUCUGUUCUUUUCUCUCUUGUCCAGUUCCAGCUUUUUCCUUUUCUGUUUUAGGUGAGGUUUGUCCUCAGAUCCCAGAAGCUAGCAAGACUUGUAAAUACAAAAAACUCAGAUCUAUGGCUCAUGAUAAUUCACAAAACUCCAAAUAUGGGAAAAGAUGAUGAAGGGUUUGAUGUUCCAAAAACCAUGUCUAAUUUGACUUCUGCAUCUGGUGAAGCUAGGGCUUCCUCAGGCAACAGAACCGAAAUUGGCACUGAUUACUCACAGCAAUACUUUACUCCACCACCAACUCAAACACAGCCUCCACUAAAGAAAAAGAGAAACCUUCCUGGCAACCCAGACCCGGAAGCUGAAGUUGUCGCCUUGUCUCCAAAGACUCUCUUGGCAACUAAUAGGUUCAUUUGUGAGAUCUGCAACAAAGGAUUUCAAAGAGACCAGAAUCUCCAACUUCACAGAAGAGGACACAAUUUACCAUGGAAGCUGAAGCAGAGAUCAAGCAAAGACAUUAUAAGGAAGAAGGUGUAUGUGUGCCCAGAACCUAGUUGCGUGCACCACGAGCCUUCAAGGGCCCUGGGGGACCUCACUGGCAUCAAGAAGCACUUCUGCAGAAAACACGGCGAGAAGAAGUGGAAAUGUGACAAGUGCUCCAAGAAGUAUGCUGUUCAAUCAGACUGGAAAGCUCACUCCAAGACCUGUGGCACUAGAGAGUACAGAUGUGACUGUGGAACCCUCUUCUCAAGGAGGGACAGUUUCAUAACACACAGAGCCUUCUGCGAUGCAUUAGCAGAGGAGAGUGCAAGAUCAGUGACAGGCAUAGUAGCCAACUCAACAACUCAACCAACUGAAGCAGCAGGAGUAGUGAUCUCUUCAUCCUCUCUUCAUCAAGACAUGAUCCAUGCUAGUAAUAAUAAUUUCCCAUUGAAGAAAGAGCAACAAGGUUGCAUACCCCAUUGGCUUGGGCAACCAUCACCCUCUUCUGCUUCAUCAUCAUUCUUGUUCUCUCAUCAAGAUCAUCAUCUCCAUGAAAACCCUAACCCUAGAGGUGGUCCCACUCUUCUUCCUCCUCCUUACCACCAAACAGCUCCUCACAUGUCAGCCACAGCAUUGCUGCAGAAAGCAGCCCAAAUGGGUGCAACGAUGAGCAAAACCGGCUCCAUGAUUAGGACCCACCAACAGCAGGCUCACGUGUCUGCCAAUGCUGCUUUGAAUUUGUCCUCACGUGACCACCAGAUGAACCCCACUCCCCAUGACUUGCUACCUUUCGGGAAUAAUAAAGCUGUUGAUAACGGUGUUGGUGUUUCUCCUUCACUCCUUCAUCAUGUUAUCAAUUCUUUCUCUUCUUCCCCCUUUGAAGGGACUUUUGAGGACACUUUUGGUGGUGGCGAUGCCAUGACCGCCGAUGAAGGUGGCGGUGGCGGUGCCGGAGGAAACAAUAACGAAGGCUUGACAAGAGAUUUCUUGGGUCUUAGACAUCUCUCUCACACUGAUAUCCUCAACAUUGCUGGCGUGGGAAACUGCAUGAACUCCUCCCAACACAACCAAACCCGAAACCCUUGGCAAGGUUAACUCCAUAUGUCUUAUACAUAUUUGGAUUCUUUUUCUUUAAUAUAUUAAUAUACAUUUAUUUUAGCUUAUUUUUAAAUUUUGCUUUUGUUUAUGAUAUAUAUUGUCAAUCUUCCCGAACCUUUCGGAAUCCCAA